UUCACAUUAUACCAAUGGCACUUUACCAGCCUUCAAACAACUACGCAGUUUUAACUUGCUGAGGAAUCUAAAGAGGAUGAUUAUAUUAUAAUAAAUUUCUCAACUGUAUAUGAAAAACAAAGUUCUUCAAAAACUGCAGAAUCUAUCUGGUUAAGUAUCAAGCAAGAAGUUAUAAAAGAAACAGAAAGAAAAGUAGUCAUCAAAGAUUUUUAAGAAUGUCUCAAGCUUCACAUAAUACACAGCCUGUAUCACUGAGACUGUCAGAGGUCCUUGCGGAUAUAGGAGUGGAUGAGAGAACUGUGAUGAAGAGGAGAAAAACAUACAUGCUGAUAGAAUCUAUGGGUAUAUCAUCAUAUCUACUACAAGAUCUGAAUAGUUCAGAAUUCAUUUUAGGCAGUCAAACAGAGGGAACAACAACAGUAGGACUUAAGUCAGACAUUGACAUACUUCUCUGUAUUGAAGACUUUCAUGUUAUACAAGACUCGAGUGAGUGUAAACCUCAUGUAACAAAUUACUUGAUGAUCCAGGAUGACACUGUAGCACCGGGUUACUGUUUACUACAACGUCUGAGUGAAAAUGGUCUUCGUCCGAAUACCCAUGUAUCUGAUGAACACCACUUCAGAGACAGGUCAGGGAGAGUGCUACUAAGGAAUACAAUAGUCCCUGCAAUGACAAAAGUAUCGCUUGAUGCAAGAGGUCCUGCUAAAGCAGUUAGACAUGGUCCGGCCCAUACCCUUACUAUACAAUUUCAGGGUUUCAACACUGACUUUGUUGCUGCUUUUUCCUGCAAAUCGUGGCCUCUAAAAGCUAGGCAAUGGUUAGACCAGCAAGGUGUAGGUAAGUGGCCUUCAGAUGAUAUAAGGAGAUGUUGCAGCAAUACUGGAUGUUUUGUUGUUGGAGUUGGAUGUAAGGGCAGUAAAUAUGAAGAGUUUGAAUGGAGAAUAUCAACAUCUUUAGCAGAAAGAUACUUAAUGUUCAGUCUCAAUAUCACACAGAUUCGGUGUUACGUGUUGAUGAAGAUGUUGUUAAAAACUUACAUCAACCCAUACUAUGAAGAGACCAUUUCAAGUUUCAUGUGUAAAACAGUGCUAUUCCAGUCCAUUGUAAAUACACAUUGUAAUUUCUGGAGAGAAAGUAACUUAAUUUCCUGUCUCACAAUGUGUUUAUUAGUCCUCUACAACUAUGUUUUGAAUGAAAGCUGUCCACAUUUCAUUAUAUCUGUUAACAAUUUGAUGGCAGGACAUAUUACACAUGAAUCUAAACCUCACAUUCUUGAAAUUUUGCAGAAUAUUAUAAAAAGUGAAGGAGCAGCAUUACUCGAGGUAGAAUGUGAUGAUCUUGGUGCAAGGCUUCUUGGGAAGUUUACUUAUUUAAGCCAAUUAAGUUACCGGUACAUAAUUCCAGGAGCAUUAUUAUGUUCAACAUCAUACAAACUUGUAAUAUAUGUAUAUGAAUGUCUAAUUUCUAUUAGCAACUGCAGUUUUAAAUUGGCUAUACAAACAUUACUGAAGUAUAUUUUCAAACUUAACAGUAUUUCUAAUCAAGGUCAGGAACUGUACCAAAAGGCUUGCACCCUUCUUACACCAUGGUUCUGUACAACACUGGGAUCUGUCCUGGCAUCAUGCAGCAUUCAAAAGGACAACCGUAUAUCAGAAUAUGCUCUCGGCUGGAUCUCAAUGGGUCUGAACACAGAUGUUUCAUCUGGUAAACUGAAGCAAGCAUCCAUAUUUUACUGUAUCGGGGAUAGCCAAAGAACAGAAAUUGUUCUCAGAGACAUUGAGGGAAACUAUGAUCUAAACAUAGUUGAACCUAUUUGUAAAUGCCAUGAGUUCAACAAACUAUCUCCGAGAAGAGGAUUUAAUGCAGAAUCUGACAAUCAUAAUGAAGAAGCUAUACAGCAUAUUGCAGAUUUCUGCCAUGUGAAAGUAACUGUGUUCCACAUGAACUACGGUAUGAAAUGUUCAGGUCUACAAAAGAUGACCUUGCUUUCAGAUCAAAAUAUGACAAAUGGAUGGAUUGGGCAGUAGCAGAUUCGCUCCCUUACUUGUACUUUCUACAAUAUAAGAUCUACAGCUAUCUUGGAAGACAAGAUGAAAAGCAAAGAGCACUUUCCAAUCUCAUCAAAACUAUUAAACAGGAACCAAACCUCGGACACAGGGAAACAGCCUUUAAUUUACUAGGACAAUGUAUGGAAGGUGAAGACAGACCAAAUGAUGCUUUGAACUAUUAUUUAUUAUCUCUCAGUCUAAGGGGAAGAAACAAUGCUGCCAAGAUCCAUAUAUGUAGACUCAUAUCUAAACUGAUAAAUGACCCGGCUCGAAACCAAUCAUUCCAGUAAAGUUUCAACGUAAGGUAAUUUUGGAGAUGUAGUGCAUCAAGGACUGAUUUUGGAGAUGAAGUCAAUCAAGGAGUGAAUUUAGAGAUUAAGUCCAGACAAAAACUGAGUGUAUAAACUAAAUCUUGGAUUACUUUUUCACUAAACUUGCUUAUCAAUAAUUCAACAAUUGAAUUGCUACAGAUGAACUAAACAUGGUGAAUUUUAAAAGCAUUGUAGAUAUGAGAAAAACUAAAAUUUUUUAACAUAAAGCCUGCACUAUACAUAGUUUAUGUUUGAAAUGUUAUAUGAUUACUGAAAAUAAAUAUUGAUUUGAUUUGAAA